AUAUGCCACAGUUAGAAGCAUUUUUGCAUCGAUUGUGCGGACUGAUUCAUUAUGAAACAUAUUUGUGAGCUAUACAUUAUGCUCUUCGGGCUGGUCUGCAGUGCCAGUGCCUUGGUGCAUCUGGUGCAUUUGGGCAAGGGGGUCAACGGAUGCGUUACUACGAAAGGCGAAGUACAAGUUGGUGAAGAGGUCCCAGAUGAGAAAACAUGCGGAAUAUUUGCGUGCCUGGAUAAGGAGGGCAAUGGCGUCUAUCAAUUUUGUCAAAAACCUGUGACCUUUGCCAAUUGCAAAACAGAUCUCGUCAAUACAAACGGCAAAUUUCCCGAUUGUUGCUGGCAGUGUGUAGAGGGCGUGGCCUGUUAAGGCAAGGCAAUGGGCCCCAGCCAGCCCAGCAAAUGACAUAUCAAAGCUGCAGUCGAGUUAUCUGAGUGACCCAUUCGUUCAGGCCACUUCAUGGCCAGUGCAUGGAUGAGGCUGAGUCUUAACCUCAGGCUAUAGCAGCCAGUUUUAUUCAUAAGAUUCAUAGUUUGUAAUGACUGUAAUUAAAAUACUUUUAAUUAAAAGGAUAAUAAUAAUUUUCAAUCUACUAAAUAA